AUGCACAAUGAUGGAACUACUAUUUCGGCGGAAUCAUUGGAACAGUCAACUACAGAAAAUCAUUCAAAACAACAUGAUCGAUCUGAAAACAAAAUUACAGGACGACAGAUUCGUACAGUUCUUGUUUCUUCAACAGGCUUCUUCAUGGAUGCCUAUGAUAUCUUUGUUAUCAACUUAGUUGUUCCCAUGCUUGGCUAUGUCUACUAUAUGGAUCAAAAGAAUACAGUGCCAUCGGAUAUUCAAGGUAUUCUCAAGGGUAUUACAAAUGUGGGUAAUAUUAUUGGUCAGCUAGUAUUCGGUUAUUUGGGCGAUAGUAAAGGACGUAAAAGUGUUUAUGGUGUUGAACUUCUAAUUAUCAUUAUGGCUACAAUUUGCUCAGCCAUGGCGGGAUCAGCAGCAAUAGGUGUUGGUACUUUGGGUUUUCUAGGAUUUUGGCGUUUCAUACUGGGUAUUGGGAUUGGUGGUGAUUAUCCUAUGUCAGCUACUGUAUCUAGUGAAUGGUCAAGUGCAGGACGACGUGGACAAAUGCUUGCAUUAACUUUUUCUAUGCAAGGAUGGGGUCAAUUUUUCGGUGCACUAUUCGCUGUUAUUCUGUUGGCUAUUUUCAAGGUUCCUAUUGAAGCUAAUCAAAUCAAUAUCGAUUAUGUCUGGCGAAUUCUGCUUGCUCUUGGAGUUGUACCUGCUGCAUGUACUCUCUAUUCACGUUUUCAUCUACCAGAAUCACCUCGCUAUGCCGAACGAGUUCUCAAAGAUCCUGAACUAGCAGAAAUAGGUAAAGCGUACGCACUGGGAGUGCAGUCAAAAAGCUCUGCAAAGUUGGUCCCACGUGAACCUAUGGCCCAUACGAAAAAACUCGCCGAUGAUCGUCAUCAUUUUCGAGAUUUUCGAAUAUACUUUUCACAAUGGCGCAACUUGAAAGUUCUUAUUGGCACCUGCUCAACUUGGUUCUUACUUGAUAUUGCAUUCUAUGGCCUUUCACUCAAUCAAUCAAUUGUAAUAUCAGCUAUUGGUUUCGCGCCAGAUACAACUAAAGCGUCGCCUUGGGAAACUCUUUUUAAACAAGCAGUUGGUAAUUUGAUUAUUUCGCUCCUUGGUGCUAUUCCUGGAUAUUAUGUUACUGUAUUCACUGUCGAACAUCUUGGUCGUAAGACUAUUCAAAUAAUUGGUUUCACUAUGGAAACUAUUCUAUUUAUCAUUGUUGCUGCAGCAUUUCAUCCAUUAAAAGAUCGAUCUGUAGCAGCGUUUGUUGUCAUAUUUGUUCUUAUUCAGUUUUUCUUCCAGUUCGGUGCCAAUGCGACAACAUUCAUUAUUCCAGCUGAAGUGUUUCCAACUCGAUUUCGUUCCACAGCUCACGGUCUUUCAGCAGCUUGUGGGAAGGCAGGUGCUAUUCUCGCAGCAUUCGCUUUCAAUGUACUGGUUAAUCAUGGAGGCAAAAAUGCAUUUCUGCCUCAGACACUCGGCAUCUUUGCUGGUAUUCAAUUUAUCGGUCUUCUUGCCACUAUAUUUUUAGUACCCGAAUCGAAGGGUAAAGACUUGGAUGCUUUCGAAGACAACGAAGCAGAAUGGCGACCAGAAGCUCAGAAGGGGGAGCAUCACGUCGACGAACUCGAAAUACAUUUUUGA